AUGUUUUGAAGAAAAAAACGGUUUUUUCUACAUUGAGGAAUAUGGUUUUGAGUUCACUCAAUUCAAAAGAAAACGUAUCAAAAUUGAUCAGUGGGGGCUUACAACUCUUUAUAUAUAGGCCAUGGCUACCCUCUAUUGUAAGCUUUUCAAGGUACUGUGAGAGAGACAAAAGUGACAAUGCCUCUGGAGUCCUUGCGUCGCUUAUUUUGUCGCGUGAAGCUAUAUUUGGCUGUCAUUUUUUUGCAGUUUGGCUAUGCCGGAAUGUCCAUUAUUGCCAAGUAUGCUUUAGAUCAGGGGAUGAGCCAUUUUGUGUUCAUAGCCUACAGGAUGGCCAUUGCCUCUGUUGUUAUUACUCCUUUUGCCAUUGUUUUGGAAAGGACAUCAAGGCCAAGGAUGACCCUGUCCAUCUUCGUGAAGGCAAUGUUGCUGAGCUUCUUUGACCCUCUUCUUGACCAGAACCUAUUAUUUAUUGGGAUGACGUAUACCAAUGCCUCUUUCACAUCUGCCAUGUGCAAUACCAUUCCUGCAUUCGCAUUCUCAAUGGCUUGGGUUUUUGGGCUUGAGCAGGUCAAUACUAGGAGACUGCACAGCAAGGCAAAGAUAAUUGGGACCUUAGUGGCGGUUGGCGGAGCAAUGUUUAUGACUCUGUUUAAAGGAUCUGUGAUAAAUCCGCCAUGGACAAAUGGAAGAAACCCUCAUGAUCAUCCAUCUGCUAGACCUGCAUCCAAGGAAAAUGUCAUGAAGGGUGCUCUUCUGGUCUUAGGUUCUUGUUUCUUCUGGUCUUGUUUCAUGAUUCUACACGGGGUAAUAUCUACAGCGAUUACUUAUUACAUUCAAGGAGUGAUACUGAAGGAUAGGGGACCUAUUUUCGUUACAGCAUUUAGACCCCUAACCAUGGUUAUUGUCGCAAUCAUGGCCACCUUCAUGCUCAACGAGAACAUGUUCUUAGGAAGGGUUAUUGGAGCGGUUGUCAUUGUUGUUGGCCUAUAUCUGGUUUUAUGGGGCAAGAGCAAGGAGCAGAAGCUUACCAAAUCCGACAGCGAUGAGGUUCUACCAAAUGCCCAUACUACUACAUCUCUUAUGAAUGAGAGCAUAACGACUUCAAAUCCAAGAAUUUGUGUCCAUGUCGACGAGGGCACUAACACGAAACCGGUUACGCUAACGAUUAUAGAACCUAAUGUAACUGUUUAA